AUGAACACAGCAAACAUUCUCUUUAUAAUUGCUCGUCAUUUGACAUUCAGGGAUUUGCUUUCAUUUGGUCAAGUAAAUAAGCUAUUCAACUCUGUAUCAAAAAAGGACGAAUUAUGGAAACGUGAAUGCUUGAGAGUUUAUUUUGGGAAUUAUGAUAUUUUUGGGUAUUUAAUAUGUAGCUCAAUCUAUAAAGGCGAUGAGUAUCUUUACAAGCCCACCCGUGAACCUCACUGGAGACAUCUCUUAAAAAAGCUGAUCCAAACCCGUCACUCCUGGCUUCUUCUAAAAGGCGACAGUUUUACACAUGACGACUUAGACACUUUACGGUGUGAAGUGUUUUUGACCCUUCAAGAACCUUUACUUCCACCUCCACCACUUCGCCGUGAGCCUAAAACGUUUCCUACUAUUAUCCAAGACUUAUUAGCGCACAUAUUUGAAGAGCCUUCUCAAAUUGGUUUCAAUCUCCCAACCGAAUCUGAAAUGAUAAUUGAGGGGGUCAUGAAUCAAAAUCUUAUUGACGAGGUAAACAUUAUUUAGAUUGGAGAUAACGUCAGCAUUGAUCAAAUAGCUAUAAUUAAAUGGGCUUUGAAAGGAAAUAAAUGUGAUAUAAAUAAAAGUUUAUCGUUAGGAAGUUCGGGAAAUCAGUCGACCUGCUAUUCAAGUACAGGUGAUUUUGAUAGCACUUUAUUGACCACUUAUUUUCAAAAUAAAAUGAUUAAUGCCAAUCCAUUGAUAAUCAAGCUUUUUUGUACACUGAAAAAAACAAUUAAAAUCCACUGUGUGGCUAGCUGGAAUUGUUUAAAUUUAAUUGAAGAAGCCACAGAAUUAUUGAGUGAGUACUGUUUAAGGGUAUAUUUUAUGUAGUGGGAUGCUUUUUGUGCAAGCAUUUAUUGGUUGGACAAAAUAUUUUUACCAUUCAGCAUUUUGAUUAACCAAAGCUAUGACAUUCAUUGGCCUAAUGCCCCAAAAAUGCCGCCGUUCACAGUGAUGAGACUUAUGAUGAUAAUCUGAAGAAGGCACGUAUUCAAUAAGCUGAAAGACUAUCUUUUAGACUCUAUUUUCAAUCUAUUGCAAAGCCAAAGAAAUAUGAUUGUUAAAGAGUGUCCUACUUUUAAAGGGGAAAUAAAUAGGAUUAUAAAAGAAGACACUGCCAAUAUAAUGAUUAAAGCAAUACAAGCUGUUGUCGAUUUAUCAGUUAAUGAGCUGAAUAUCUAUUUUAUUGAUCACUCAGGAUUUAAGGGUGAUGGGGAGUAUCAGCUUUUGCACGAAAAAGUUUUGAAGCUCACUCAACAGUUUUAUGAAGAAGUCUCAAGCUAUCCAUAUGCUGCACAGAUUUAUAUUUUAGGUGAAGAUUUAAAACUGGCUCAGAGAGCAUUUUUGCCCUGCACAUGAACUAAAAUCGAAAGGAUGGGAGUCGAAAUUAAAAUAGAAUCAAUGAAAAAUCUUUAUUAUUCCGAAUAUAAGCAAUUUAUUCCGAUUUCCUUAACCCCUGAGGAAGAAGGCCUUGACAGGUUCGUUUACAGUCCUUUUGGAAAAAUGCUUUUUAGCAAUGACCAAAGUCAUGCAGCAUCUAGAAAUAUAAAACUGUAUAUAGAUUAUUUGAGGAUCCGCAAUCGAUUGCAGGAAGUCAUGGAUUAUAACAAUUUGGUACAAUAUAUGUAGGAUGCUUUAUGUCAAAAAUUAAAACAGCCAAAGUUAGUCGAAGAUGAAGAAAUCGAGUACCAGAAUGAGCAGAUGGGCUUGAAGCUUGAAGUGCCGCCGGAAGAACAAGUCUUGUUUUCCAUUUCCAAUGAUAUCCACCCAGGACAAUUUCUAGCCAUAAUUUCUGCUUUUAAAACAUUUGAAGGGUAG